GAACGACUGACUGAACCGAAUCCGUUUGUCUCCACUCGACUCUCACUGCGCUCCAAACGUCAUCCAUGUAGGCACCGGCCGUACCGGUAUAACCUCUCCGGUCGCGGGCUGAACCACCUGGUUUUUCUGAAUGAAACCGUAGCUCGCCUCGCGCUAUAAAUAGAACGGACGGGCCUGACGUCACCGUGGAAGCCGCAUCACGUCGUUUUGUUCCGUGUUGUGUGGCUGCAGAUUAUUUUUAUUUAUUUAACCGAUGCGCUUUCGGAUGGGGAAGGACAGAGUACUUCUGAAGGCAGCCUGAACAAUGAAGCUAGAUACGUAGUAGGGGUUAUUGUUACAUUGGGAAGGGAGGAAAGGAUUACCGGUCAACGAACUGGGGCGUGAUACCAGUUACGACAUGAUCUUGCAGUAGUUGCCUAGCUAGCGGCGAGCGGUUCUUAUUUGUACAGUAGCCAUCGAGCUACCUGCAAUUAUUGAAUCGUACUCUGACCUCCUGACUGUAGUUUUGGUCGACCAGAUCCCACUCACUCAGCCCUGGAGAACGGGCCCUGAACAGUAGUAUGGACUACGAGAGACCCAAUGUUGAGACCAUUAAGUGUGUAGUGGUGGGGGACAACGCCGUAGGGAAGACACGGCUGAUCUGUGCUCGGGCCUGUAACACCACUCUGAACCAGUACCAACUACUGGCCACACACGUCCCUACGGUCUGGGCUAUAGACCAGUACAGAGUCUGUCAAGAGGUGUUGGAGCGCUCCAGGGAUGUGGUGGAUGAGGUCAGUGUGUCUCUCAGGCUGUGGGACACCUUCGGAGAUCAUCAUAAAGACAGACGCUUCGCAUACGGAAGGUCAGACGUGGUUGUGCUGUGUUUCUCCAUCGCCAACCCCAACUCUCUGCAUCACGUCAAGACCAUGUGGCACAUGGAGAUCAAGCACUUCUGUCCCAGGACGCCUGUCAUCCUGGUGGGUUGUCAGCUGGACCUGCGCUACGCUGAUCUGGAGGCUGUCAACAGGGCCAGGAGGCCACUAGCCAGACCUAUAAAGCCAGGAGACAUCCUUCCUCCAGAAAGUGGCCGGGAGGUGGCCAAGGAGCUGGGCAUCUCCUACUAUGAGACCAGCGUGUUCGACCAGUUUGGCAUCAAGGACAUCUUCGACAAUGCCAUUCGAGCCGCGCUCAUCUCUCGUCGACACCUGCAGUUCUGGAAGUCCCACCUCCGGAAGGUCCAGAAGCCACUCCUCCAGGCGCCCUUCCUGCCGCCCAAAGCACCGCCCCCUCUCAUCAAGAUUCCAGAGUGUGUCAUCAACAACAGGGAGGGUCCUGGCCUCCUAUUGGACAGUCCUCUGUGUGCUGACGUCAUGUUCAUCCUCCAGGACAACAUCCACAUCUUCGCCCACAAGAUCUACCUCUCCACCUCCUCCUCCAAGUUUUAUGACCUGUUCCAGAUGGACUUCAGUGACGAGUCCCAGUGCCUGGUGGUGACGGAGCGGCAUGCCCGGGACUCUCUCCUCAGGACCCUCAGUCUGGAUACAGAGGAGGACGUGGCCGUGCUCCCCAACCUCUCCCCCUGCUCCCUCCGGGCCUCGAAGAGCGACGGCACCCUGAAGAUGAUGAGCUUCUCUGGUAAGCACCGGCGCACCAAGCUGUCCUUGGCCUCCUGGAGCAAGGCCUUCUACAGCAUCCACAAGGAGAGCGUGACCAACCCUGUGACGGGCUCCCCGGCUCACAUGACGGUGGUGAAGAUGGACUAUUCCAUCCAGCUGGGUCCGUUCAGUGCCGUGUUGAGGUUCCUCUACACCGGGGAGCUGGAUGAAGAGGAGCGGGAUCUGAUGAAGAUCGCCCAGAUCGCGGAGGUCCUGGAGGUGUUUGACCUGAGGAUGAUGGUGGAGAACAUCAUGAACCACGAGGGCUUCAUGAACCAGGAGAUCACCAAGGCCUUCCACGUCAGGAAAUCCAACCGCAUCAAGGAGUGUCUCAACAAGAACACCUUUACAGACGUCACCUUCAGGUUGGAGGAUGGAACCAUCAAUGCUCACAGACCUCUGCUCAUCUCCUCCUGUGAUUGGAUGGCUGCUGUGUUCGGAGGAUCCUUCAUGGAGAGUGCUAACAACGAGGUCUCGUUCCCAGGCACCAGCAGGGUGUGUAUGCAGGCUGUUCUGGAGUAUCUCUACACCAAUCAGCUGUGUCCCAUGGCAGAGCUGGACCCUAUGGAGCUGACGGCCCUGGCUAACAGACUCUGUCUCCCCAGACUGACUGCUCUGACAGAACACUAUGCUGUGAGUGAGCUGGUGAAAGCCUCCAAAGACGGACAGGAUAUAGACGGCGAGGUACUCACCUAUCUGGAACUGGCUCAGUUCCAUAAUGCUAACCAGUUAGCAGCUUGGUGCCUACAUCACAUCUGCACUCACUACAACAAUGUCUGUGCCAACUAUCGCAAAGAGAUCAAGGCCAAAUCUGCAGAGAACCAGGAAUACUUUGAGAAGCACCGCUGGCCCCCGGUGUGGUACCUGAAGGAGGAGGACCACUACCAGCGGGUGAGGAAGGAGAGGGAGAAGGAGGACGUGGUUCUCAACAAACACCACAGCAGACGACGUUGGUGUUUCUGGAGCACCUCGCCUGCCGUGGCCUGAGAGGUCUGAGGAGGGUCUGCCCCAAACCGCCCAGGGAAUCUGCCACCUGCCCCGUGCUCCAGCUUCUAACCCUGCUCCCCGCAAAGAGGUCCCACCUGCCCCGUGCUCCAGCUUCUAACCCUGCUCCCCGCAAAGAGGUCCCACCUGCCCCGUGCUCCAGCUUCUAACCCUGCUCCCCGCAAAGAGGUCCCAACACACGCUGUCCCAACAACACACGCUGUCCCAAUGUUUUACUGUUAGAUCAUCUGAGCAUUAAGACAGAAAAUAACUAUCUGACGAUGCACUGUCAUGUGUCACCCUCUUCUCUUGAUACACUGUCAGGUCCUACCCUCUUCUCUUGAUGAUACACUGUCAGGCCCUACCCUCUUCUCUUGAUGAUACACUGUCAGGUCCUACCCUCUUCUCUUAAUACACUGUCAGGUCCUACCCUCUUCUCUUGAUGAUACACUGUCAGGUCCUACCCUCUUCUCUUGAUGAUACACUGUCAGGUCCUACCCUCUUCUCUUGAUGAUACACUGUCAGGUCCUACCCUCUUCUCUUGAUGAUACACUGUCAGGUCCUACCCUCUUCUCUUGAUGAUACACUGUCAGGUCCUACCCUCUUCUCUUGAUGAUACACUGUCAGGUCCUGCCCUCUUCUCUUGAUGAUACACUGUUAGGUCCUGCCCUCUUCUCUUGAUGAUACACUGUCAGGACCUACCCUCUUCUCUUGAUGAUACACUGUCAGGUCCUACCCUCUUCUCUUGAUGAUACACUGUCAGGCCCUACCCUCUUCUCUUGAUGAUACACUGUCAGGUCCUGCCCUCUUCUCUUGAUGAUACACUGUCAGGUCCUGCCCUCUUCUCUUGAUGAUACACUGUCAGGUCCUACCCUCUUCUCUUGAUGAUACACUGUCAGGUUCUACCCUCGUCUCUUGAUACACUGUCAGGCCCUACCCUCUUCUCUUUAUGAUACACUGUCAGGUCCUACCCUCUUCUCUUGAUGAUACACUGUCAGGUCCUACCCUCUUCUCUUGAUGAUACACUGUCAGGUCCUACCCUCUUCUCUUGAUGAUACACUGUCAGGUCCUACCCUCUUCUCUUGAUGAUACACUGUCAGGUCCUGCCCUCUUCUCUUGAUGAUACACUGUCAGGUCCUACCCUCUUCUCUUGAUGAUACACUGUCAGGUCCUGCCCUCUUCUCUUGAUGAUACACUGUCAGGUCCUGCCCUCUUCUCUUGAUGAUACACUGUCAGGUCCUACCCUCUUCUCUUGAUGAUACACUGUCAGGUCCUGCCCUCUUCUCUUGAUGAUACACUGUCAGGUCCUGCCCUCUUCUCUUGAUGAUACACUGUCAGGUCCUGCCCUCUUCUCUUGAUGAUACACUGUCAGGUCCUACCCUCUUCUCUUGAUGAUACACUGUCAGGUCCUACCCUCUCUGCUUGGGUCCACAUGAAUAACCUCCACACGACAGGGCUCUACAGAGGGUCCAUUAAUAUGUAGCUGUGCGACCUGGAGUUAGAAUUUAGGAGCUCCAGAGCACCUAGAAACAGGAUUCUAGCCACGUUGUCCAACCUGUCAACGUGGUGUGGUAUGUGCUUGCUGUUAGACAUGUAAACAUUAUGGAUGUACGUUGUGAUUGUUGAUGUUAGCUGCAGUCACUGACACCAGCCCUGGAUCUAAGUCUGAAUCAUAAAUGAUGCAAAAAUAACUCUGAACCUGAUGAAACACAGGACCUGUUCAUAGACGGGGCUUCAUGCCGCCGUGGAAUAACAACAACAACGUUGAAAGUACGUCUUGUGCUCACUGGGAUACCGAUACAGCUCCAGGGAUACACAGAGCUCCUGGUUGAUACAGCUCCAGGGAUAAACAGAGCUCCUGGUUGAUACAGCUCCAGGGAUAAACAGAGCUCCUGGUUGAUACAGCUCCAGGGAUAAACAGAGCUCCUGGUUGAUACAGCUCCAGGGAUAAACAGAGCUCCUGGUUGAUACAGCUCCAGGGAUAAACAGAGCUCCUGGUUGAUACAGCUCCAGGGAUAAACAGAGCUCCUGGUUGAUACAGCUCCAGGGAUAAACAGAGCUCCUGGUUGAUACAGCUCCAGGGAUAAACAGAGCUCCUGGUUGAUACAGCUCCAGGGAUAAACAGAGCUCCUGGUUGAUACAGCUCCAGGGAUAAACAGAGCUCCUGGUUGAUACAGCUCCAGGGAUAAACAGAGCUCCUGAUCG